GGUCUGUUUAUAUUAGGUAAAGGUUCAAACGGGUGUUAUCUUAAUACAGAUUCCUGGAUCAGCAUUGAACAAUCGGAGGUAUUAAAGCGCGUGCGAAUCGAGCGUUGGUGGAGAAUUCACCGGGAACAGGAAUUGAAAAGGCUGCAAUCUCGUGGAUUUAUUCGAUUGUUCGCCUCAUUUACAAUCAAUGAAAAAUCAACUCCGUGGGGAUCUGCCGCUCAAUCAAUGUAGAUAGGAAUAAAGCUUCUCCGAUCUUCCGCUUAGUGUGCGGAGUUGUUGAGGAAGUGUCCGAUCACACGCCGCACCUUCUCGCUGAAGAGUAGCUGCACACCGGAAGUUCCGAGCGCUUGUCGACGUUGCGUGUGAAAUAGUAUCGAAAAAUAUAACUGUCACUUAAAAUCUAUAUUGAAUAUAAGAGUACGCAUUAUUUCAAAUUAAAUGGAGUUUACUUUGCAACUUUGUUGAUUCACGAAUUAAUCAAUUUUGGAAAUAUUUUCAUACAGCGCACCAUCAUAAUUUGGUCUUAUUUGUGCUCAUUAAUGUUUGAUGGAAAUUAAAUUAUAUGACGCGACACCACGGCAUGUGAAAUGAUUGGUAAUUAUUUGGUUGUGUUACUGGUAAAAAGUGUUACAUAGUGAGCUAUUAGCGACUCUUUUUCUAAACUCCAGUGCAUUUAUUUGUGCGAAUAAAGUAUAGCAGCGGCGCUUAUUGAACAUCAAGGGACACUUUCUUUUGGAUUAUGGCACAAUACUCGCACAAAUCAGCGAAUGGGAACAAUGUAGUUUAAGAAUAACGUCCAAGAAAACGUCUACGUCGAGAAUGUUGCUUGACAAGUCAAUGGGCGAGAGCGGGCGACUUCUUCUGCUUUCCUUUCUGUUUGCUCAUGUUAGCGCGUCAACGCAAGCUUAUUUCGACAUGUUGAAAGAAGCCGAUAAUGACAUGGACAUAAAUGACGUCACAGCGUUUCAACGCCGUGGAACGUCGCGACCGGCGCCGUCUGACAAACUUCCAAUCAUGGAUCUUAUAGAGAAUCCAAAUGCCGCCUUUGACCCGCCAGAAUCGGAAUUAAAUCAUAUGAAAUUACGAAAAUUAUUGGGCGACGAUUUUGACCCCGAAUACAUGGGAAUCGGGCGACCCAUAAUUGCAGUAUUCCAACCAAAUGGGACAGUCUCGUUAAAUAAUCGCAGGGGGCGCCCGAGAGAGCAGCGUCCGAACUUUGUGAAGGAAAUAGGAAAGCCCAUACGAUACGGAACUCACAUACGAGUUCCGGGAUUAAACAUGAACAGUCGUGCGAAACAAAAAGUUAAGAAAUACAUAUGGAACUAUACCCACUGCCCCGUCGUGUACGCGUGGAAGGACCUUGGUAUCCGGUUCUGGCCACAGUGGAUCAAAGAGGGACAUUGUUAUAACGGACGGUCGUGCUCGAUACCCCCGGGAAUGAUGUGCAGGCCCACGAAAUCAGAAACACGAACAUUGUUCCGUUGGCACUGUCCACUUAAUAGAAAAGGACAACUGUUGAAGUGUAGGUGGAUUCGGAUACAAUAUCCAAUAAUUACGAAAUGUUCGUGUUCCUGCUAACCCCAGGUUGACUGCUUGAACAGCUAUUGUUCAUAAUACGGGUGAAAUUAACUAUAUGCCUCUGUUCAACGCAAUGACAUUUCUUUAAGUAACAUUUACAUAACCAUCUGACCUUUUACGUUUCUUGAACUAUUUCGAGAUGCGAACUUCGGUCCCCUCUGCGGCGUAGUAAUACAUAAAUAAUCCGAUGACGCAUUUUUUUCGUAUUAUGAUUCGCCAUUGUAAAAGAUAUUUGUUAUUGCUUUUGUAUUGCUUUUACUAUUUUAAUUUAUGUCAUGAACAGUUCACGUAGAAAAUCUAAAGUGCCGAAGGCGUUUAUUUUACAAUUAAUGAAAAAAAGUAGUUGGAAAAGAUUGCUGGUAAUUAUUAUUAUUUUAAGUAUACGGCAAAGUGUAAUCUACCGGUACUUCUCAUUUUGCCAACCUUAAUAUUUUUUGUACAUGAUUGCUUGUUUUGUUUUAAGAUUUGUACUACAUCAUGUUAAUUUUAAUUACACAGUUCAAUUGAUUGUCUGUUACUUCUGUGAACCAUUUUUUGUUUACGCAUAUUUGCAUAUUUAAAAUUUAUAAUGUGUACAUAUAACGUGAGUCUGUGAUGUUGUAAUGCACACUCGGAGAUUCGAAACUACAUAUGUAAUAACGUUUCAUUAAAUGUCGGACCGUUUCAAGACAUUCAAAGCUGGUUACAGAGAUAAAUAAUGCAUUGAAUACAUACUUACCUUAUGUAAUAAACUACAUGUAUACACCAACAUUAUCAUCAGUCAAAUCUUUAUUUUGAUAUAUAAGGCCGACGUUUUGGAAGCAAACUCGAUGCUGUUGUAGUAAUUAACGCACACUAUUGCAAUGUUCAACUUCAAUACUAUCAUAAUAGUGAUUUUUAUAAAGGUCUUCUGCAGAGAGCUUCCAAAAUACCUUAUCGACGCAGUUUCUGUUUUCUUUCAAUGCUGACCAGGAUGCAGAAUUAAUGGGGUUUUCUGGGGUUUACACACUGGCUGGACGGAUUGUAAACACACCGUUAAGAACUUUAUUUUUGCAAAUAUCUCAAGUUAUUGAAAUUAAUCUGCACAAAUCUUGAGUGCAUAAAAGACAGAUUUUCUUGCAGUUUGUACCGAUAUCUCCAGGUAUAAGAAUAAAUCCUUUAAUACGUCUGAAAUCGGUGACAAAUGUCACGUUGCGUGAAGCAUAACCGUAUAAAUGAAUGCAGUAGACAUAUAAUUUUUGAACAAGAACACAUUCUUAUUUAAUAAAGUAAUUCUGAUGUAUUUUACAUUGCCAUAAGCAGCAUAACAAUCUGUCUUUUAUGCACUAGUUGAAAUUCUUAAGAAAAAUUGUUUUUAAAAGUUAUUCGAAAAAAUCACCACUUACUGGUUCCCACAAAGCCACGUGAUCCUGCACCCUGAAACUUACAGGUUCCGUGAAACGUUGUCAACUUUCACACAUGCAUUGAUUCAACAUAUUCACCCAGGCCAGUAAACACGUAGGACAGAGAAUUGUUUGUUGAAUUAUUUGUUCAUCGUAUAGAUGUUUGACAUUAUGGCGACCACAUCAGUUAAUUUGUUAAAGCGUCAUAAACCUUUAAAUAAAAAAAUCGCCCAUUUUAUUUUUAACCGUUAUUAUAAACACUUUUAUUUGCACGUGGCAACCAUUCAGACUCGGGAACGAAGAAACACACCACAGUUUGCUAUUUGUAAAAAAAAGUUAUACAAAAACACAUCGGCUAAUUAUUGGAUUUAUAGUCUUACACGUAUGUAUAUAUAUGCCAUCUAAUAUAUUCCAUUACAAGGGAGGCAACUUUAGAUAGAUUUUCUGUCAAAUUUACUUACUUCCUUCCCUUACGCAUAAUAAUCCAAUUUACAGUGAAAGUCGCUGAUCUUUUUAAUGAAAAUUAAGUAGAGAACCAACUGGGUCAUUCAUUAAAUAAUAUGAUAGUAUUAUAGAUUUUGUGUAUGAAGGCCAGUUUGAUAAUUGUAUGAAAUAACACGUAUACUUCUCGAACAAUAAUUACAUACAGUUAUUUUUUCCGUUGGCGUCACGUUUUUGUUUAUAUGUAUAUUUAUUGUUUUGUUUUAUUAUCUGUUCACAUUUGUUCCGCUAUUUCAAUGUUUGUACAUUGUAUUUUGUAUGAUGUCCUCAUAGGUUAAUAUGUUAGAAACAAUAAAGUUAAAUUUGA